UUGCUCAACAUAAAGCUUUCAUUAGUUUCAAAAAGAAACAUUCGGCAACAAAACUGAUGACCGCAUUUUGAAGCAAAUAGUUGGAAAACAACCAACCUUGAUUGUAAAACAAUAAACGCCAUACGCACACAUUUCCCAGAAACCCUUGAGGGAAAACCCACGCCCGUGGAUCGCAGUGCAUGCCGGUCUUUGUAGUGCAAUUAUCUAUUCAUCUUCCGUUUUCCCCGCUAGGAAUUGUUUCUGCAUGUAUCAUAAACCAUUUCGUUUUCACCCGGGAGCAUUUUACACGCAGGGGCAUAAAGUCAUACCUGGGUACCACGUUAAAUACCAUUAGACUCGUCGGCGCGGAUUCGGCUGCAUUUUGAGGAUGGCGGAGGGCAGCGGCAGCGCGGUAAAUCUGCCUCCCGGAGACCCGCAACUUAUAGGCCUAAUCGUGGAGCACCUGAAGAGCCAGGGUCUCUUCGACGAGUUUCGGAGAGACUGUCUGGCAGACGUGGACACAAAGCCGGCGUACCAGAACCUGCGGCAGAAGGUGGACAACUUCGUGUCGAAUCACCUGAGCACCCAGGAGUGGAGCCCAGCCAUCAACAAGAACCAGAUGCGCAACGGGCUGCGGCAAAGCGUCGUGCAGUCGGGCAUGCUGGAGUCGGGCGUGGACAGAAUCAUCACACAGGUUGUGGACCCCAAGCUCAACCACACCUUCAGGCCCCACAUCGAAAACGCCAUCCACGAGUUCCUGGCCGGCGAGACGAAGGACGAGGCCGCAGCGAUCCCUGGUCCCGAAGCAGAACAGCAGGACGCCGUUGGCGCCGUGCCCCAGACACCGUGACUCUGGGGGCCUGGAGUGACCCCUCAAGGGCUUAUCCAGGGUUACGGAUUGGAGCUUUGGUGCUUUAUGAGCGUGGUUGACUGGCGCGUCAGGCCGCAGCGAGAUGAAGCUGAUUACCGUAUGCACUCGGGGCCAAAGAAUGAGCGCAAAAGGUUUUAAAGACAUCAUGGGUGGUACUGAAUAUACACCUCAGGUAGGGGAUUAUUAACACAUGAUAGCGCGGCUGGUUUGAUUCAGCUGUAGUAGUGGCUGCUCACACACGCAAACACAAUUCCUCUGGCUAACAGGGACAGAUUAGGGUUUUUAGUUAAUUUCCCAAGGUGUGCCACUUAACGGAAGAUCGAUUUAAAAAUGUGUAGUAUGGAAUUUUAAGGUCUCUGCAUUAAAAUUCCAUGUUAAGCAUUUUUAAACUGUCCUGUCUUUUCAUUUUGGAAUUGAAUUGAUAAAAACAGACAGAAAUAUCAAUGCACAGUAAAAAGAAACUCCACUAAAUGUGGUUUAUGUGCUGUAGCACCAGGCACUGGGUUAAACACGACUGUUCAAGUAACAAGCCAAACACCUUCAUCCUGUCGAAGGCUCACCUUUAGCAACACGCACGCAUAAAUUUAGUAACACAAAUACAUUAAUUCUAGAAGCAUAGCAUUGAUUCCCCUUCAUUUUUGAGGUUUUAAACAUUUUUUUUGACUUGAGUGAGACCAUUUUAUCGCAAUUAUGGUAUUUGUGUUUUAUAUAUACGAUUUUGCCGCACCCUGAUUAUGUAAUUAAAGGCUACUACCAUUCAAAAGGAACCUGCAGUGGUAUCAGUUUAACAGAAUCCCAGAAAGCUUAGAUCACCACCGAGUCGUAAGGGACUACCUUGGUGAUGUAAUCCUGGUAGGAAGCUAGUUAGUGAAUGUGAGUCAAAAAUGUACAUGGCAAGUGCACUGAUCGCAAAGGAGAAUGGGAGAGGGGGCAAUGCAGGAGGCGCCGUGGCAAUGCAGGGGGCGCCGUUAGCAUCCCCAACGCUAAUGCAAACCUGCCUCCCAAAGGACUCAUGCAGCAUUUUUAAAUGAUACUUCUAAACUGCUGUUAAUCCACUUUUAUAUGGUGAUGUCAUGGCCUCCUUUAAGCUACUGAGUGACGCUCAUUUUUAAAUGAUUUUAUAUUAACGUUUUAGUUGUUUGUAUUUUGGGUUGGGAUGCUUUCAUUUUGGAUCUUAGACCUUUUGUUUGUUUGUUUUUUUUUCUAGAUCUUUCUUCCCUCCCCACUGAGUGAAAACAAAUAAAAGUUCUGCUGUGAAAUUCAGCGUAACACCAGGGACUAAACGUGUUUAGAUGUUAGCUGAGAAAUGGCAUUAGGGACGUUUGAGGAAUUGACGCGGGACUGGCGGACUUUUUCCCUUUCGCACCCUACCGGCAAUGACUUUUCCCCCUACUGGGGGGCAUCCACAUGGACAGCCACGGCGGAAAUACCUGGGUCAUGCGCCCUGCCACGGCGGGCUUCUUCUGUUGCUGAUUGGAGGAGACGAUGCUGGAUCUGUUGCUGAUUGGAUGUUGGAAGCCUUAUCCAGCGUGCUGGAGAAGCUAGAGGCUGUGUCCCCCUGCUGCACUGUUCAUUUAUAUUUUUUUAAUUACCUUUGUUUUAUAAUGGGCUCUUUGGCUGAAAUUUUUGUAUUUGAUUACAAAUGGUGCCUGAAUUUUAGAUUAAAUUUGCUUUUGAUUGA